GGGGAGGGGUUGCGGCGGCCGCCCGGGCGCGCACACCGCCCCGACCUGCCGCCGCCAUGCCCGGCAUCGACAAGCUGCCCAUCGAAGAGACGCUGGAGGACAGCCCCCAGACACGUUCCUUGCUUGGUGUAUUUGAAGAAGAUGCUGCAGCAAUUUCAAGUUAUGUCAACCAGUUAUAUCGAGCCAUGCACCGAAUUUAUGAUGCACAGAAUGAAUUAAGUGCAGCAACUCAUCUGACUUCAAAACUUCUGAAGGAAUAUGAGAAGCAGCGUUUUCCAUUAGGGGGUGAUGAUGAAGUUAUGAGCUCUACCCUACAACAGUUUGCAAAAGUGAUAGAUGAGCUUAGCUCUUGUCAUGCAGUACUUUCAACUCAAUUAGCUGAUGCCAUGAUGUUUCCCAUUACUCAGUUUAAAGAAAGGGAUCUAAAAGAGAUACUGACUUUAAAAGAAGUUUUCCAAAUUGCAAGCAAUGAUCAUGAUGCUGCCAUUAACAGAUACAGUCGGUUGUCAAAAAGAAGAGAGAAUGAAAAGGUCAAGUUUGAAGUUGUAGAAGAUGUAUAUACUUCCAGGAAGAAACAGCAUCAGACUAUGAUGCAUUAUUUCUGUGCAUUAAAUACUCUUCAGUACAAGAAGAAAAUUUCUAUGCUAGAACCUUUAUUAGGCUACAUGCAAGCUCAGAUAAGUUUUUUUAAAAUGGGUUCAGAAAAUCUUACUGAGCACCUGGAAGAAUUUUUAACAAAUAUUGGCACAAGUGUACAAAAUGUUCGCAGGGAAAUGGAAUCUGAAGUAGAAACCAUGCAACAGACCAUAGAAGACUUAGAAGUAGCUAGUGAUCCAUUAUACUUGCCUGAUCCUGAUGCUACAAAAUUUCCUGUCCAUAGAAAUCUGACCCGGAAAGCUGGAUAUCUUAAUGCAAGGAAUAAGACCGGCCUGGUGUCUUCUAGUUGGGAGAGACAGUUUUACUUCACUCAAGGUGGAAACCUUAUGAGUCAGGCAAGAGGUGAUGUAGCUGGAGGGCUUGUUAUGGACAUAGACAACUGUUCAGUAAUGGCUGUGGACUGUGAAGACAGAAGAUACUGCUUUCAGAUAACAUCUUUUGAUGGAAAAAAGUCUUCAAUCUUACAAGCAGAAAGUAAAAAAGACUAUGAAGAGGGGAUUGCUGCACGUGUCAAUCAGUCUGCUCUUGAGGCUGUCACGCCCUCUCCUUCCUUCCAGCAGAGACAUGAGAGCAUGCGGCCAACUAUACAAUCUCGUCCUCCCACUGCUCACACUAGCAGCUCUGGGUCACUGGGAUCUGAAUCGGCACCUUUGUCAACCCUUUCCUUGGAUUCACUUGUUGCCCCUGACACACCUAUACAACUUGACAUAAUUUCUCCAGUUAGUGAAGAUCAGCUUGGCCAAGCAAAAAUUUCAGGGCAGUCUGGCAGCACCUUGGGUAUUUCCUCUUGGAAACUCAAGAGAAAUUUGGUAGCCAUGACUCCAGGUGAUGAUGGCAUUCUGAUGACAUUCUUCUUAAACCAAAAGUUUCCUUUGCCCAAUAUUGCUUUGUAUGCUACACACCAGAAAAACAAGCGCCUUUUUGGAUUUGUGCUUCGGACUUCAGGAGGGAGAGCUGACAGCCGUCCAACCUCAGUCUGCUAUAUUUUUGAGUCAAAUAAUGAAGGGGAAAAGAUCUGUGAUUCUGUUGGAUUGGCAAAACAGAUAGCUUUGCAUGCAGAAUUGGGUCGUAGAGCAUCAGAAAAGCAAAAAGAAAUAGAAAGAGUAAAAGAGAAACAACAGAAGGAACUCAGCAAGCAGAAGCAAAUUGAAAAAGAAAUUGCUGCACGUGUCAAUCAGUGUGCUCUUGAGGCUGUCACGCCCUCUCCUUCCUUCCAGCAGAGACAUGAGAGCAUGCGGCCAACUAUACAAUCUUGUCCUCCCACUGCUCGAACUAGCAGCUCUGGGUCACUGGGAUCUGAAUCGGCACCUUUAUCAACCCUUUCCUUGGAUUCACUUGUUGCCCCUGACACACCUAUACAAUUUGAUAUAAUUUCUCCAGUUAGUGAAGAUCAGCCUGGCCAAGCAAAAACUUCAGGGCAGUCUGGCAGACGCACAAAUCCAUUCGGUGAAUCUGGAGGCUCAAAAUCUGAAACAGAAGAUUCCAUUCUUCAUCAGUUAUUUAUUGUACGAUUCCUUGGCUCCAUGGAGGUAAAACAUGAUGAAACUCCUGAUGUUGUUUAUGAAACAAUGCGUCAGAUACUAGCAGCCCGGGCUAUCCAUAACAUUUUCAGGAUGACAGAAUCACAUUUAUUGGUCACUUGUGACUGUCUGAAGUUAAUUGAUCCACAGACACAAGUUACAAGACUUAGGUUUCCUUUGCCCAAUAUAGCUUUGUAUGCUACACACCAGGAAAACAAGCGCCUUUUUGGAUUUGUGCUUCGGACUUCAGGAGGGAGAGCUGACAGCCGUCCAACCUCAGUCUGCUAUAUUUUUGAGUCAAAUAAUGAAGGGGAAAAGAUCUGUGAUUCUGUUGGAUUGGCAAAACAGAUAGCUUUGCAUGCAGAAUUGGGUCGUAGAGCAUCAGAAAAGCAAAAAGAAAUAGAAAGAGUAAAAGAGAAACAACAGAUGGAACUCAGCAAGCAGAAGCAAAUUGAAAAAGACUUGGAAGAACAAAGUCGAUUGAUAGUUGCUUCCAGCAGAGCCACUCAAAGCAGUGGAGAGGGACAAUUUGUAGUCCUUAGUAGUAGCCAGUCAAAAGACAGUGACUUGGGAGAAGAAGGAAAGAAGAAGAGGGAGUCUGAAGCCUGAGGUUACUUGUUUUAUUAAAAUUAGAAUCUUUGGACAUACCUGUGGUGAAAUGGCACAAGUUACAGAAGAAGCAAAAAUAGAGCUGGGAGUGUCUGCUUAUUAAAUAGAGACUUAAUAAUAGGUGGAUCCAAUUUAUGCUUUGCAUUUUCUUUAUAUGUUAAUUUACUUUGCCUGUUAAUGUAAGAAUAUUCCUUCUUCCAUAUGUUAGAAGGAAGCAUGGCAGUACUGUCGUAUUUGUUACUGUCUCAAGACUUUUAAUAUCAAAACUUUUUUUCAUUUGCCUGGUGGUGCAACUGACUGUUUUGAAGCAAAAAAUUAAUCUUUUGAUUGGACUUGAACAGUACACUGUUCUUUGAAUUGCUGUAUAUAGAACACUUUGCUGGAAACAGAAGUGGGCUUUAAACUAAAACAGCACUCUUCAAUAUCUAAGUUGUUGCAGAGGAUUGUUUCUGGAGUUAGUAAAAAAUAAUAGCCCCCCAUUAACACCAGUCCAACAUGCAAUAGUUCUAGA